AUGGGGCUACUUGUAACGUCUCUUUCGGACGCUGUGAAUCGUUUCUCGCUGUAUUACUGGUAUCAACUUACUCUCGUGUUUCUUGUCGUGAUAAUGAUGUGCCAUAAUGGUAUACUAGUAUCAGGUUCAAUCCACCAAGUGCAUGAACAAAGUACGGGUUGUAAAGUAGUAGAACGAAUGUUUGCGGAUGGCUACGGACCCUUUGGACUCAAUGGACGCUCUAGUGUCCGUAUAGACGUGAUAUUACGUCCUUUGGAUGAUUUGGAAGUGCAGAAUGCUAUCACUGUGCGGAAAUUGAGCGAUUAUUUUGACUUUGGAGUCGUAGUGGCCACUUAUACGACAGAGACGGCGUUAGCUGUGGGUUUUAAUGACCAUACGGCCUGCAGUUGGAACUUUGAUACUAAUGACACUAUGGAGGGAGUGCUCGAAGGCAAAUUUUGCCCACUAACAAGUGGUGAGACGCUGCAAAUGAACACGACGUUUUAUCCACGAGAAAGUGGACUACAGACGGCACUAGUGAUGCCUUGUUGGAAGCAAAAGAAUGCAGCAUUUGGAUAUCCUGUCAGUACAGAUGAAUUUGUAGCAUAUCCUUUGACGGAUCCAUUGCUACAUGUAGAUGCAACGAUUGGUUUCAAAAAUCCGUACGGAUAUCUGCCGGGACUGCUCUAUGGACUUUAUCCAUUCAAUGGUGUCUUGUCGCUGAUGUAUGUCUCAUUGGGGGUGUAUUUUGUGGUUUUGAUGAAACGCCAUCGUCAGAGUGUUGUCGGGGUGCACUUUUUCCUGCUUAUGGUACUGCUACUAGCAACUGGUGAAUCCGUGGCUUGGUUUGUGACGUACAAGCUGUUGAAUGAUUCAGGUGUGCCAGCGUGUUGCCCCUACCCGGACUCGGUGUUGUUUUCCACGUUUGUGAAGGUUCUAGCGGGUAUGGUUGCUCGCAUUGCUACUACACUUGUUAGUCUGGGCUACGGGAUUGUCCGCAUGCAAGUUUCCUGGCCCGAGGUUUUCGUCGUUUCAGGACUGGGUAUAUGCUACUUUAUCGCAGUCGGGGCCUUGGAGGUAAGCCAUCUUGCCAAUCAGUCGGACGGUGAUAUUCAACCUCCUGCUAUCUGGGAAGCUCUUGUAAUUGUGACCAACGCGUGUUUUGGCGGGUGGAUUUUUGUGUCCCUCGAGCUGACGCGUAAGAACCUGAUCGCUUUCGGACAAACUGAAAAAUCGCAAAUGUACGACUCACUGCAUUGGGUGUUGCUUUCGUAUGUGAUUAUCUCUUUUGUACUGAUGGCUAUUGAAGGAGCUGUCUAUUCGGGAGCGACACGAGUGCCAUGGCAAUAUACUUGGAUCGUUUGGGCAGCUACUCGCCUGCUUUUCUUCGUGAUUUUGCUAGUUGGAGUAUAUCUGUGGCGGCCAAGGGAGCACGGCCUGCUGUACGCACAGAUGGAUCAGCUCUCCAGUUGCGAGCCAGUGACACCAACUUCGAUCUCACGCAGCAAUGAGAUGAACCAGCGUGUAGCCUCAGCAGCCGACAAUGAAAACUCUAUACUGGCCAAACCCUCACCAUCCACUACUUCACCUACAAGACUUGCAAGUGCUAAAAAUGCUUCCACCCUCGAAUCACUGUAA